AUGUCGGAGCACGGACCCGGCCAUUUUCAGCAUCGCCGUGACAAGCUGCGCAUCUUCAGCAGCCCCCUUGUUCGUCGAACGAGCACCGGUGGUAGCGAUGAAUCGGAAGACAGCACCCGCCAUCCCAUCGAACACAGUCACACCGAGUUCAAGGGCGGAUACGCUCACGAUGAUGAAAACUUGCCUCGAUUCAAACGCUACGAGGAGCCGACGCUUCUGGAAAUCUUCUUUGACCUCUUCUUCGCCGCCAACUACAAUGUCUUCUCCGACACCCAGCAGGUCACCAACCACGCCAAAUUCAAGGCCUAUGUUGGAUAUUUCUGUCUCCUCUGGUUGACUUGGUUUCUCGUCACUCUCUUCGACGUCCGCUUUGUUACGGACAGCAUCUUUUCCCGCGUCACCAGAGCCAUCCAGCUUGGGGUUUUGGUAGGCUUCGCUGUGGUUGCGCCAAAGUUCAACCCUAGCAACCAGCACCGAGACACGAUGCGAGCCAUGUCCCUCAUCCUCAUGAUCUCGCGACUCUGUCUGGCGGUCGAGUAUGCUUCCACCCUUUGGCAUGUGAGAAAGUACAAAAAGGCACGACUGCCUCUCUACGUGCAAAUCGCUCUCCACCUCUGCGCAUCAGCAGUGUAUUUCGGCAUCUCCUUCCGCUUCCGGGUCGGAGAGCGCAGCCGAGUGUACAUGACGUGGUACUUUAUCUCGGGUGCAGAGGCCAUCGGCAGUCUGCUCUUGUCCAACUUCUCACCCGUCGUCAGCCUCACCAAGACGCAUUUGAUGAAGCGUAUGACCCUCUUGACUGUCAUGAUUAUGGGCGAUGGCAUCGUUCAAGUAGCCAAAGAAGUUGUGAUAAUCGUCAAGAACCCGGAUGCGUGGGACUCGACAACCAUUGGUCUCGUCUCGGCAGCAGCGGCGACAAUCUACUUCGUUUUCUUGAUCUAUUUCGACUGGCUAAAGUCGUCCUUCUACCUUCCCCCCGUACGACAACAGCUUUGGACGGCCAUUCACCUGCCGUUUCAUCUCGCCCUGGUCUUGUUCAUGCAAGGGUUUACGCAAUACCUCAUUUGGUCCAAGAUCAUUAACCAGUUUAACCGCCUCGUCCUGAUCGCGGACCCGCGGGAUGAUGCAAAGUUGGCGACGAGCGUAGCCGUCCGCGACUCCCUGAACGCGUCGGUUCAGGCGUUUUUCAAAGACUACCCACCCAGAAUUUCUACCACGCAAGACACGAUAAACGAUGCUCUGAACAACAUCACCAAGAUUCCCGACAGCGUGUGGCCAUUAGUGGAGAACUCAUCAGUCACUUGGGACCUUGAUUCAGAAGUCCCACAGGCGGUAGAAGACGCCUUGGUAACACUGUUUACCUCUGUGACCACCAUGGCUAUUGCGAUGCUGAACGCUCUGUUCGCGGCAUUCGGCAUAAAGAUCGACGAGGAUAUUGCUGAAAAGGAUCCCGGUGCCUCCAGAGACUUUAGCCACGGGAAGUACCAACUUCUAGUGCAGGAGAAGACGUGGAGUCGCUACGCACUAGUGUUUGCGUACGGAUACAUUGCCUCGGGGUGCACCAUGCUCUUCAUGGCCGUUCUAACCAUCACCGUCAAGACGACGCCCUAUACGGCCUGGCCAAUCAUCCGCCUCGUGUUGGUCUUUCUACUGGCCAUCGGCACCGGCCUGGUCGCCGUGCUAUGGUUCGACGAAGAGAAGCUCUGGGAGUUUCUCUUCUCGACGUGGGUGCUGCCCACCAUCACUAUCGUCUGGUCCGUCAUCCUUGUCCUCACGCACCUCAACGGCGAGGGCAUCAAGCGCAACAAGCACCGCUUCAAGCGCACCAGGAACCCCCAGGAGGACAAGUCCCCGUACGACGCCUUUUCGGUGCCCAUGACGUCUCCGUCGGAGUGGAGCAGCGGGCGCCAUGACCGCAAGUACGCGCCCGACGACCGCGACGCCGAGACCCAGCAGCGGGUGCCGUUUACCCAGUCUUCAGAUGCUGCGACGCAUCACGAUUCGCAUGGGAGGCAGCGGUCCUACGACGGUAUCGGCAUGGCGUACGGCGGGUCGGACAGGCCGCACUCCAGCUACGACCCGCUCAAGACCUCGACUGAGUACAGAGGAGCCGCGGGUGUGUGA